CGGACGUUGUUAGAACAAGACGCAGCUAACAAAGCUAGCUGCGAUAAGCAGCCGUCCAUAAACAACAUAGCUGAUUUACCUAACGGGUUUCUCCUUAGACAAACGCACACUGACUUGCUUUGAGAGGUUAAUGGUCGUGCAGGAUCGCAGGCUGCUGUCAUGUUGAUCGGGCCGGUUGAAUUUGGAGGCUCUUCCUUCCUCUGGGCUGAUGAUGUCGGUGGGACUCGCUAGUUUCGCCUGAGCUCCUCUCAGCACCGCUACUGUUUCACAAGCAGGCUGUUGUUGGACUGUCAGCUCGGGGAACGACGAUGCACAUUACUGGAGCGUCCCAGGACCCUUCUCAGGGUACAGGGGAACGGGGGGAGCUGGUACACACAUUGUCCAAAGAGACCCCCGGGUCUCCAGAUGCCUCUGAGUUAGGGAGUCCACGGUGUAUACCAAACUUUGACCUCCUCAACAUGGUCGUGUCCUAUAAGAGAAUGGCUCUGUUUCUAGAACCAGUUGCAGAUGCACUGGAGCUGAGCCGCUUCUUGCUCGGAUGGAAGAUGCCCCUGUGCUCUCUGCUGGUCUGUAUAUUCCUUAAUGUCUUCUUCUGCACUGUUAAUGAAGUGGGUUGGUUCUCAGUGGGUGUGGUGGCAGUGUCGGUGCCAGCUGCCUUGGGUUACCUGCAGGACAGGUGUGGGGGCAGAGCCUCAGAAGCUGAGCUCCAGAGGAAGCGCUAUCACGCCGUGCACCGCAGAGACCUGCAGACUGUGCAUCUCACCAAACAAGAGGCCAUGCUGGAAGUAAAAGACCUGCUGAAGCACCUGGAUGACAUGCUGUCCUCUGCCUGUCAGACUGCAGAAGCUAUUUACAAGGUCCUGUACUGGGAUAAUCACACCAAGUCAUCAAGGUUCUAUGGAGGGAUGUUAAUAGUGGCGUGUCUGCUCUAUGUUGCUCCCGUGGGCUGGGUGCUAGCUGGGCUCAACAGCACCAUCUUCCUGUGGAACAGAGACUUCUGCAGAGUUUUGUUGGACCUUAGGAAGUUCUUCCACGUGGGCCAGACCAAGGCCUCAGAGGGGUUGUGUGAGGAACAGGAACAAGGCAACUUGCUGGACAGGACCCCCACACCAACUAGUCUGGAGGACCUGUCUCCCGGGAGUGUGGAGGAAGCGGAGGAAGCAGAGCCUGAUGAUGAAUUUAAGGAUGCCAUUGAGGAACAUUCAAUUUCCCUGCAGGAGGAUGAUGACGGGCCUCUUGGAGCCCCGGAGUAUGACACCAUCUCUGAGAAUGGUCUCUUGAGCCGCAACGAACCAAUACGCAGCAAGGUGUCCAAACUGACAGAGAAGCUGCGUAAACGUUACCCCACCACCAGCACAGGCAACUGUUCGAGCUGCAAUGCCGUCUUCUCAGUGCUGAAGAAAAGGAGGAACUGCAGUAACUGUGGCAACAGCUUCUGUUCUCGAUGCUGUUCUUUUAAGGUGCUGAGAUCUUUCAUGGGGGCAACAGCUCCAGAGGCCCAGAGAGAGACCGUGUUUGUUUGUGCUGCCUGUAAUUCUUCUCUCAUCAAGGCACAAUGAGAUGAAAUGUCGGUUUUGUCUCCCAGUGGACAGUGGGAGGUCAUUCGCUGUUCGCCCCACCCCCAGCCCUUCACCAAGUUACUGAAGCCCUCACACAUGCCUUGGUUUUCAUGUUAAGGCGCUUAAUAUCUGUCAAGAGACCUCCUGCGUUGACCUCCAAGACCCCACUUUUCCAGUUACAUCCCUCCUUAAAUACUUGUGAUGAUUAUGGGACUUCUACUGUAAUAUGUUACAUAUUUCCUGUUUCAACUCUCAAUGAAUAACUGGACCUUCUGAAUCAAUGAGACUUAAUACAGGGCAUAAUGGCUCCAAAAAUCAAAGGACCUUGGUUUUUUUUUUCCUUGUGCUGAGCAGAGGGACGUACAGGGUGGUGUCAGGUGAGGUGAUACAAAUAAUCAGAUUUGAUGUCAGUGGUUUUGAUUUUACUUGCUCUGCCUCGCCACAAAGUUGAGUACACUUGAAUGUUGAUAUCUUCAGCCCUGUGUAGCAGCUGUACUGUAACGCUGAGAGGACUUGUCUGUACGACUGAGGCUGGCAUAGUAAUAUUCAUUUGGAUAAAUCUGGCGUAUUUUCAGAUUGGUGAUGAAUAUGAUGUUGUGAGCUGGGCAGUGUCCUCCAAACAAAACUGAAUUUGGUUUGUUUGGAUGAACAAAAUAAUGGAUGUAGUACCAAAAGAAGCUCUGAAUUUGGCCUUGUUUGCUGCAGUGUGUGCAGGCCAGCUAUCUAAACUUCUUUCAGACUCGUUUGUGGACCUGUAGCCGGUCGGCAAUGUCAUAUCAUGUGAUUAGUUCUGGGUUUGUCCAACUUUUUGAGGCCAGUGAUUUUGGUUUACUUGAUGUUUUAAUAAUUGCACCUGCUUCCACUGCAGCCCACGCUACCCUACACUCCUCCUGUGGGUAUGCACAUUAUUUACCAGACCUCAAGUCCAGAAGUAAACUUUGAUAAUUUUGUGACAUCAAACUGAAAA